AUUGCUCCGCCACAAUAAUUUCAGCGGGCCCAUCCCACCACACCUGGCUGGCACUGCCCAACCUCGUUAACCUUGCGCUAUCCUACAAUCUGUUCACAGGAGCCAUUCCCAACACCUUCACUCGCCUCACUGGCAUCACUUCUCUAGACAUUUCUACCAACAAUCUCAGUUCAGGCCUUGAAGUGGUGACUCAGAUGUCAUCGCUCCAUAACCUAUUUAUCAAUACCAACAACUUCUCUGGUGUGCUUCCAGCGUCCUUAACAGCAAUAAGUGGCAUCUCAGUAAUGAAUAUUGGAGGCAAUCAUUUCACUGGAACCUUCCCAGAAUUUAUUAUGUUCCAGGAGAGCCUCGUAUUUCUAAACCUCAAUAACAACAAUUUCCAUGGAACUAUCCCAUCCGGCCUUCUUCAGCUACCCUAUUUGUACUCGCUGCAAGCAUCUAACAAUUUCCUUUCUGGAAAUCUCCCAGGGGCUCUCAGUAUCAGCCCAUUUCUUUUAACGUUAAACCUGGGAGGAAAUGAGUUCAACGGCUCCUUACCAGAGUUCUCACGCUGGAACCUCAGCUGUGUGCAGUUAGAUUUCAGCAGCAACAACUUCACAGGGUCGAUUCCCGGCUCCAUCUCCACCCUCACCACCAUCCAGGGGAUUAUUCUCAAAAACAACCAACUGACAGGCACCAUCCCCUCUGCCAUCUUCACCAUGACGAAUCUGAAAUACCUCUACUUGGCCAACAACCAUCUGAGUGGCAGUCUGCCAGCUGCCAUCAGCCAACUGAAGAAGCUUGAACAGAUCUGGUUGGACAACAACAAGAUCGAAGGCCCUCUGCCAACUGCCCUAUGCUCGCUGCCCUGGCUGUGGCGCUUCAUGAUGAGCAACAACUACCUCUAUGGACGACUGCCAGACUGCCUCUUUGACAAGUGUAUCAACCAAAUUGAUGUGAGCGGCAACAGCCUGUACGGGCGCAUCAACCACGAUUUCAAGAACAUGGAGGCGGAUCGAAGGGCGCUCAUCAACUUUAAGAACAACUUCUUCUUUGGAGAUGCCGUGCUCUUUGCUGGCGGCUGCAAGGUCUGCCCGACGGAGGUCAGCAAGCCCAACAAACUGGACAUCAAAGACACCUUUAGUUACCAACCGUUUGGUGUCAAGUGCAUCAACGCUAUACCCUCUGACCUGCCAGAUAGCUCCGUGGCCGGGCCAGGCAGGGCGGUGAGGGUGAGUCUGUCGGGCAACUGCCUGACCCUCAGUGCAAACGCGGAGUGCUCCUCCAACGCCACCCAGCGCAGCAUGGCAGCCUGCCAGGCGUUCUGCAGCAUCACUGACAACGGCCCGUGUGACGGCCAUGGGGCGUGUGUGCCGCCUGCCCCCGCAUUCCCCACCAACUUCACGUGCCUCUGUGAUGCCGGGUACACCGCUCUCGACUCGGGCAACGGCUCCACAUGCGCCAUCGUCAACUCCACCACCACCACCACCACUGUGUCCUCUCUGUCCACGGGCGCCAUAGUAGGCAUUGCUGUGGGCUGCUUUGCUGGCUUCACUAUGCUGGCUGCUGUGGUCGCAUUGCUGAUGUGGCCCCGCGGACCAAAGAAGUGGGAGGGUUUGGAUGUGUGUGGGCAGUUCUCGCUGCAGCAGAUGCUGACUGCCACCAACAACUGGUCGGAGGACAAUGUGCUGGGCAAGGGUGGCUUUGGCAUUGUCUACAAAGGCCGCUCGCCACAGGGCCAGCUGUGGGCCAUCAAGCGCUCCACCAUCAUGACCAACGACUUUGAAACGGAGGUGCGCGCCAUGGCCUCUCUCCACCACUCGCAUCUCGUGCGCCUGCUGGGCUUCUGCCUGGACCAGAACGUGGAGACGGGCAAGCAGGAGCAGAUCCUGGUGUACGAGUUGAUAGCCAACAGGGACCUCGAGUACCAUAUCCAUGCGACCAAGCGUCCGCUCUCGCUGCGCCAGAGGUUGCGCCUAGCACAAGGAGCAGCAGAGGGCCUGGCAUACCUGCAUGGGUUUGAGACCCCCAUUGUUCACCGCGACAUCAAGCCAGCCAACAUCCUUGUGACGGCCGACAUGCAAGCCAAGGUGGCUGACUUUGGGCUGCUUAAGAGACUCACUCACGGCGAUGCUGAUGCCACGCGAGUGGCCGGCACUCCGGGCUAUGUGGACCCGGAUUACAACCGCACCAACGUCAUCACUGCCAAGAGUGACGUGUUCAGCUUUGGAAUCGUUCUUCUUGAGCUGUUGAGUGGAAAGCCGCCCAAAGUCGACGGGAAAACGCACCUAAGAAAAUGGGCAAUGAAGAUGGUGGAGGAGUAUGAGGUGGAUGAGCUUAAGGACAGUAAGAUGCCAGCAGCAAGCGAGGAGGCCAUAGUGGACUUUGCAGACCUGGCUCUGGACUGCAUCAAGUCUCCAGGCACACGGCGACCCACUAUGAAGGAUGUGGCAUACCGCCUCAGUGCCCUGAUUGACAAGCACUGUCCCGACAAGGAGGAAGAGUGGGAGAUUGUCGCGGAAGAAGAGAGUGCAAGCAACGGGGCUAUGUCUUCAAGGGAUACUUCUGUUGUGUCGUUGGGAAACGGUGGGAGGGAGGCUGAGAGGAGCCGUGCUGCCUUAUCGCCUGCCAGCACGAUGCAGCCACCUCCCUCAGACACCUCCCAUCCUACAGUCACCAAGCCUCUCGCCAGCGGCACGAGAAUUGCCUCUGGGUGCAGGGUCGUGGUGACCUCCACCUCCACGUCUCUCAUCAGCCAGGAGUCACAGGGUAGUCUCGUGUUCUGA